AGGCGGGAGCCAGCGGCGGCAGCAGAGGGGCCGGGAGCCGGAGCGCAGUCGAGGCCCCCUGCGGGACGACCUCUGCAGCCGAGGGGACCCCGCUUCGGGGCGGCCCGCUCUCUUUCGGACGAUCUUCUGUGCUUCUAAGGUCGGCGCGGCGCGGCGGAGCUGGCCGGGAGUCCUCCAUCCCCCGGAGAAGUGGCGGCGCCGUCCCGGCGGGCUGGGAGCUCCGGGGACCCGAGCCAAGAGAGAAACACAUAGUUGAAGAAUCACAGAAUCGGGUUGUGUGGCACUGAAUGUUUCUGGGAAAGACUGAAGAGUUCCUUUGGGAGUGGGGGAGAAGUGUCCCCUCCUGGUUAUUACUUGAACCCAUUCCUUUGAGAGAAUGAAGAUACUCAGAUGUUGUAUUAAAUACCCCCUACAGCAGAAAGUCUUCAUCCUGUUUUUAACCCUGUGGCUGUUCUCCUUGUUGAAGCUGCUAAAUGUAGGAAGGCUCCUCUUCCCUCAGAGAGGCAUUUACUUGGUGGAGCACUUCCUCAGCACCUCCCCUUUUGUAAGGAACAGAUACACCCAUGUUAACAACGAAGCCCGGUAUAAAGUUAACUGUUCGGGUGUCUAUGAACAGGAGCCUCUGGAAAUUGGCAAGACUCUGGAAAUUAGAAGGAGAGACAUCAUCGACUUGGAUGAUGAUGACGUUGUGGCAAUGACCAGCAAUUGUGACGUUUACCAGAUCCUAAGAAGGUACCAUCAAAAGCUCGUUUCAAGGGAAGAGAGAAGCUUCCCAAUAGCCUAUUCUUUGGUGGUUCACAAAGAUGCAAUUAUGGUUGAAAGGCUGAUCCAUGCUAUAUACAACCAGCACAAUAUUUACUGCAUCCAUUAUGACCGUAAGUCACCCGACACCUUCAAAGUCGCCAUGAACAAUUUAGCUAAGUGCUUCUCCAAUAUUUUCAUUGCUUCCAAAUUAGAGACUGUGCAUUAUGCCCACAUUUCCAGACUCCAAGCUGAUUUAAAUUGCUUGUCAGACCUUCUCAAGUCUUCAGUUCAAUGGAAAUAUGUUAUCAACCUGUGUGGGCAAGACUUUCCUUUGAAGUCAAACUUUGAAUUAGUGUCAGAGUUGAAGAAACUCAAUGGAGCAAAUAUGUUAGAGACAGUGAAACCCCCUCACAGUAAAACGGAAAGAUUCACUUAUCACCAUGAGCUCAGACAGAUGCCUUAUGAAUAUGUGAAGCUACCAGUAAGGACAAACAUCUCCAAAGAGGCACCCCCUCAUAACAUUGAGAUAUUUGUUGGCAGUGCUUACUUUGUUUUAAGUCGAGCAUUUGUUAAAUAUGUUUUCAACAACUCCCUCGUUAAAGAGUUCUUUGCCUGGUCUGAAGACACCUACUCGCCUGAUGAGCAUUUUUGGGCUACCUUAAUUCGGGUGCCAGGAAUCCCUGGGGAGAUUUCUCGGUCAGCCAAGGAUGUGUCUGACCUACAGAGCAAGACCCGCCUUGUCAAAUGGAAUUAUCACGAAGGCCUUUUCUAUCCCAGUUGUACUGGCUCUCACCGCCGAAGUGUGUGUAUCUAUGGAGCAGCAGAAUUGAGGUGGCUUAUCAAAGAUGGGCAUUGGUUUGCUAAUAAAUUUGAUUCUAAGGUGGACCCUGUCUUGAUUAAAUGCUUGGCAGAAAAGCUUGAAGAGCAACAGAGAGAGUGGAUCAAUUUGUCUUCAGAAAAGUUAUUUAUGGAUUAAAAAUCCCACAAUCUCAUCAUGAUAAAAUCAUGAUGGAAAUAAGGCAUCUGAUAAAUGGAGUUAUUAUGGAGUUGUAUACUAUCCCAAAUCCAGUACCAUAUGAGCUUAACUUUCUCAUUGUUUGAAAGGGAUCUAAAAUUCCAUGCACAAGGGAAAGUGACAGCCUUUCGUGACAACUAGCCUGCAGUUGGUUGAGUACUUUUGUUUGUUUCUUUAAAAAAACAAAGUUUUUUUUUUAUUGAUUUCAGAGAGGAAGGGAAAGGGAAAGAAACAUCAAUGAUGAGAGAGAAUCAUUGAUUGGCUGCCUCCUGCAUGCCCCCUACUGGGGAUUGAGCCUGCAACCCGGGCAUGUGCCCUGACCAGGAAUGGAAUCACGACCUCCUGGUUCAUAGGUCAACUCUCAACCACUGAGCCACACCAGCUGGGCCUGUUUGUUUCUGCCUGUAAUUUCACUGAGAUAAAUCAGAGUUCUUAAACAGCCAUCAGAUAUUUAUUGAUCUCCUACUGUAUGUCAGACAAUUUUUUAGAAAUGUGUAGCAAUUAAGUCCAAGUUUUAAUGACUUAUACAAUGCUCUCAAGGGAAUAUGUCUUUCCCUACUCACACAGCAACCUUAAUAUCUUAAGUUCACCACAUAACAACCUGGAUCCCGCUGAGUAAGUUUUAGAGUGUGGUGAUCACCCAUAUUAACCUCCUAUUUCAGAAUAGCAUUUAAGUACAGUGACCAGUAUUCCACUUGUCUCUUAAUUCAAGUCAUUCAACUUUUUCUAACCAUUAGAAUAUUAGAAGGAGAGACUUCACUACCUCAGAAGAGCUCAAAAAAUCGUCCAAUUUCCUACUUGCCAAAGCAUAAUUUACCUUUUGGUGCCUCACUCAUUCAAUUCAGGGUCGGGAGACUCUGUGGGUGUGGCAUUUGUAGUGUCUGAAUGUUGGGGAGGUGUUCGGGGUAAGUAGGGGGAUUGAGACAUGGGGUAUCUGAAGAGGAACAAAGGGAUUUAUAUGACUUUUGCAUCGUGUCACACGUGGUGUCAUGAUGGCCUCCUUUUUAAUUCAACUGUUUCUGUAAAGCACAUUUCCUGAUUAAAAAUGAGAACUGAUUAAUACUCAAAGUGUUAUAUUCCAGAACAUUGAACGUAAGUCUUCAAGUUCAUAGAUUAUCAUUACAUGUAAGUUUCUUUAUAAUGAAAUUAGUAUGCUUUUGUUUUAUGGAACUACCAAACUGAGAAUCACUGAAUUUUCUUUUUUAAAAAAUAUAUUUUAUUGAUUUUUUAGAGAGAGGAAGGGAGAGGGACAGAGAGUUAGAAACAUCAGUGAGAGAGAGACAUUGAUCAACUGCCUCCUGCACACCCCCUACUGGGGAUGUGCCCGCAACCAAGGUACAUGCCCUUGACCGGAAUCGAACCCGGGACCCGUCAGUCCGCAGGCCGAUGCUCUAUCCACUAAGCCAAACCGGUUACGGCAAGAAUCACUGAAUUUUCUUGAAAGACUAUAUGAAAUAUGACAGCUUUCAAAAUUAAUUAUUAUGGCCAUUAAAAUAAAUCUCUUCUCCAGCAACUGUCCAAGUGGAACCCAAACUUAAAAUUAUGAAAGUUCAUUGCAGUCUUCUUAGCUUAGAUCCGGAGAGAGCAAGCUAAUUUUCCUAAGGACAUAGCAAGAAUAUUGAUUAAAGAUAUUUUGUAAAACCUAUACCUUAGACAACUACCAAAUGAGUCAAACAUACAUCUACUAUAAUGUAACUGUGUGGUGCUGGAGGUGAAAUGAGAUAGGAGCAGGGUUUUUAUGUCUUGGAAAAUCAAGGGACUGGUAAAAAUUUCUGGGUGGCCCUAACUGGUUUGGCUCAGUGGAUAGAGCUUCGGCCUGCGGACUGAAGUCCCAGGUUCGAUUCUGGUCAAGGCCAUGUACCUUGGUUGCGGGCACACCCCCAGUAGGGGGCGUGCAGGAGGCAGCUGAUUGAUGUUUCUCUCUCAUUGAUGUUUCUAACUCUCUGUCCCUCUCCCUUCCUCUCUGUAAAAAAAUCAAUAAAAUAUAUUUUUAAAAAAUUUCUGGGUGAUCUUAUGUUUCAGUGUCAGCCUCAGGGACUAUAUAAAGAUGUAGUAAUCAAUGCCCGUGUGAGACUAUUUGGAAGUUUGAAGUAUUUAAGUACUUUUUAAAAUGUCUGUGAAAUGAACUUUGCUUGUUUUCAAGUUUAUGAUACUAACUGCCAAGUGGCACCAUUGUCUCCCUUGGACUCACUUUUCUUCCUUUCUUCCCCCUGCCUGCUUCAAAUUGCUUUCUUCUUCAGAAAACAAUUACCAAGUUCUUGUUCUUAAAGAUAAGUAACUGUUGGGCAGAGCUGAGUUGUGCAGAACAGCCUUAUCAGGUCGUUAGUGUGAGUGACUGUGACAAGCUGUCACUUUGGUCUUUGAAGUGAGCCCUGGAUUGCCUGUCCUGGCUUUGCCUACCUCCACCCAGCCCCCUCACCACACUGCUGUCCGUGUCCAUGGGCUAUCCAUAAAUGUUCUUUGGCUAAUCUCUUCACCUUCUUUCAUCCAGUUCCCUCAUUCCCCUCCACUCUGAACUCUUGUCAGUCUGUUUCAUGUAUCCAUGCCUCUGGUUCUAUUUUGUUCAUUGGUUUAUUUUAUUUAUUAGAGUCAACAUAUAAGUGAGAUCAUAUGGUAUUUGUCUUUGUCUGGCUUAUUUCACUUAGCAUAAUAAUCUCCAGGUCCAUCCAUGCUGUAACAAAAGGUAGGCAUUCCUUUUUUAUAGCUGCAUAGUAUUCCAUUGUGUAAAUGUACCACGGCUUUAUUAUCCACUCAUCUACUGAUGGGCACUUGGGCUGUUCCCAGAUCUUGGCUGUUGUAAAUAGUACAGCUAUGAAGUGUUUUGAAUAUAGGAACCAAUUUUUGAAGUGUCGGAGAACAGCAGCCUACAGUAAAGCUAACAUAGGUCCAACACCAUUGUUAGACUUAACCAUUUGCCUUUUCAGAAAAAAAGCGUUUGAAAUAUAAAAAGAAGGCACAAUUGCAGGGGCAGUGCCUGGAACCAAAUCCAGGUAUGCAGAAACUCCAGUCACUCCAUGUGGGGCUUCUUUCUAAGCCAAUAGGAUUAGCAAGUUGGUCCGGUGGCUUAGACUGGGACGAUGAAUUGAAGUACUUUUCCUUUCAUCCAGGCUUAAAGUACACAGGCCCUGAUGCAGUUUUGGUUUUUAAGCCUUGGGUCAUCAGAAUAAAUGCAAAUACUGAAAAACAAGUGUCGACCUCCUGGCCCAGUGUCUUGACUCUCAGGAGGAAUGGUUCUAGUUCAUGUUCCUUGGGAAAUUGGCAAGUUAUUAAUCAGCCUAAUUCCAUGUUCAGAUGAAACACAGAACCAUGAAAAGGUGGCAGUGCCUUUUGUUCCACAGAAACUUUUCUCAGGAUUCACUAUCUAACCUUCAGGGAGCCAGUCAGAACAUGCCCUGGUCUCAGGGACCCUGCAGAAUCCCUACACACCUCCCGGCCUGACCUUCCCUACAGCCUUUCUGCGCAAUCCCCUCUGGUCUGGAGGAUGUCCUGCAGUCCAUGUUUUAUCAUUAUUCUUUGCAUCAUAUUUACUGAAUCUACACUCUAAGUUAUUUGGUGAUGAGACCAGGACCUUGGGGUUUGUAAAGUGUAUCAAAUAAUAUUAAUAAUGAAAGAUCUACUAAUAUAUAUAUAUAUAUCACAGAACAAACUACUGUAAUGUUAUAAUAAAGACCCAUGCUGCUGCUAUUCUUAAUGUUUUGGUUGUUUUAAGUGAAAUAUUUAUAUAAAUAUUUAAAUUUGUAGAGUUAAGCCUGAAGAUUCCAGAAUGUGAUGAUUUGAUAUAUAUUCGAUGAAAUGACAAUCUUUGCGAAUGUAAAGUGGAUGAAUGUACCCGAUGAAUGUUACAGCUGUUUUUGUGGUUGUUGAUGAUGAUGGAAUGAGAGUUUUGAUUUUUUUAAACAUUUUUAUCAGCUGACCUUUAAGUCUCCUACUGUGCGAGUGUUACCAUUUUCAAAACAUAUAUUUCCCAUGACACGAGUUUUAAAUAGAUCGGCAUUGCAUUGUGUGUAUGCUGCUACCAGAUGAUAAUGCUUCAGGAUUGUAAAAUAAAAUGUUCUCCAAACA